AUGCCUUUUUUUCGCUCCAACGCAGCCUGCGCCAUCCAUCGUGGCUCAGAUAUUCGACAAGCUCUGCAGCGACAGCAGAUGAACGGCAUCACAUCGUUCAUAGAUGCUUCGACCGUGUACGGCCACAGUCCGAGGCUGCAGAGCUCCCUCCGUGACCUCCCUGGCCUCGAUGGGAAGCUUGCUGUCAAUGACCAGUUCAGGGAUCACACAGGAAGAACAUACCCUCCAUCCGUCGCCAAUCUGCCAUCCGCCUGCCGCCAGGGUCCGCACGUGGAGAGAGUCGAGUGUUUCAGAGCUGGAGACAGUCGGCUGAAUGAGGGUCUGCCCCUGAUCUGUCUGCACACACUGUGGCUCAGGGAACACAACCGGAUCGCAGAGGCACUGAAACACAUCAACAGUCAUUGGAGCCCGGAGACUAUUUACCAAGAAACUCGCAAGAUUGUCGGAGCACUGCAUCAGAUCAUCACCAUGAGAGAUUAUGUUCCAAAGAUCAUUGGCGAGGAGUCUUUUGAACAGUACAUUGGACCCUAUCGGGGAUAUGAUCCAACUACAGACCCUUCAACAUCCAAUGUGUUUGCGACCGCUGCAUUCAGGUUUGGCCACGGCACCAUCUCUCCAAUACUCCAGAGACUGAAUGAGAGCUUUCAGAUGCAUGAGCACUUCCCCCACCUGAGAAUCAGUAGCACUUUCUUCAGUCCAUGGAGAAUAGUCAAAGAAGGUGGAAUUGAACCGACCCUGAGAGGUGCAAUUGGAACUCCAGCAUCUACAGCAAGCGCAAACAUGCUGUUGACAGAGGAGGUAACAGAGAGGCUAAUCAUUGUCAAUAACUCAGAGUUCAUGGAUCUAGCUUCACUGAACCUACAGAGAGGACGGGAUCACGGCCUUCCAGCUUGA